UUGACUUUGUUAAUUGGAAGAUAACUUAAGUUAUUAACAAAUUAACUCACCAUGGAAAAUAAGAAACGCCCCCGCGGUCUGAAGAAGUCGCUUGCACAAGACAAGGAGCAGCAGAAGAAGCGCAUAAAGCAGGACAUCCCGGACGGAGCAGCUCCAAACCCAGAACAGGACUCACAAUUGCGUACUGUGGCUAUCACUUCCGAGGACCCUGACGAGAUAUCAAUAUUGAAGUCAUUAUACGAUGCGGCAGUAGCAAAACAAGAGAGUGCCGAUCUGGAAGGAGCCGUCGACCUAUUUAGGGGUUGUAUUCAUGAGUGUGACAAAAUCCUUCGCAUUCGAUGUGGGGAGGUUCUCCAUACAAUCGAUGAAAAGGGAGAAGAUGGAUCUUUGGAAAAGAAAGAAACGGGACCACUACCUCCUGCGUUUUAUCUUGUGUAUGGCAAUGCCCUAGCCCAAUUGGGACUUCUUAGUUUGAAAGAGGACGAGACAGCAACAGAAGCCUUAAAUGAUCAUCUGGAGGCAGCCCUCGAGCGUCUGGAACGCGGCCUUGAGCGCGCACGAGAAGACGGUAUCUCACCGCCAUUACGCUUACGGAUUUCACUCGGAAAAGUUUGCCUUUUGUUGGCUUCAAAUAUGCUGCAGAGUGGUAGUGCCAGAGAAGGCGAGGAGAAAGUCACACGUCUCGCUGAUCGCGCCGCAGAGGAAUUCAAGGUUAACUUCAACUCGAUCACCGACUCGGAUAAAGACGAGGAUAUAUUGGAAGCAGGAGCUGCUAGCCAAAGAUAUGCGGAUUUACUUCAAGAGCUUCAAGGUCGCCAGGGCUGGAAUGACAUUGCCACAGCGCUAUUCCAAAAGCUUCUUGAAGUAAAUCCAAGCUCUGUCGAUGCGAGUAUUGGUAUUGGCGCAUGUCAACUCUCUAUGGCGAACUAUUAUUUGGAGAAAAUGGACGAUGGGGAUGAAGUAGAUGGUGAACUAAUCAUCGGCCCCCUGAAAGAAGCGCUUUCCCAAUUUGAAAGCGCACAGCAACAGUCCAAAGACGCUGACACAGUCCAUGUUCCUCUGGCGUGCUUGAUGGGAGAGACUCUUGUGAAUCUCGGCAAUCUUUACGAUGACACCGAUGCGGAUAAGGCUGAGGAUUACUGGAAGAAUGCCAUCAAGUGCUUUCGCAAGGUACAAGAAGUGGACCCGGAAGCCCUACCCGAGCAGUUCAAAGACUUUGUUGAUGAAUGGGAGAAGGACCUGGAUGAAAGCCAGGAAUAGAAUCGCGCUUGCCGUUGCACAGAUGACCGUGCAUGUAGAUUAUAUUAUACUUAUGGAAGCAUCACAGCCCCCUCUCUUUUCCUCCGUCGUUUAAGCAGAUUUGCAACACCCGAUUUUUGGAAUUAUAACAUUAAUAAAAGGAUACUGUAUGGAGAA